AUGGCUCCCCCUACAGUAUACACCGUCCGCUAUUACAACUCGUACAACACCGCCGCGGUCAUCCUGUACCCCAUGGUCACCAGCCAGACGGACCCCAGCUCGCGUAUCUGGAACGGCCGCGACGGGCCAGGCCAAGCCUGGCGGCAAUAUGACGGCAACGGCCUUGUCGUCGAUCUGUACGAGAACUGCGACGGCAAGCUAACCCCUGGGCAAUCGUACUACUUCGCGGCGGACGUGGUGGGCGGGCACUCGCCGUGGCUGAGCGACUGCCUGUUCCAGUACGACCCGAACAGCACAAACGUUGCCAAUGUGCAGUGGUCCGGCAACUCGCUCGACUGCGGCGCCUCGUUCAACGGUAUCACGACCUACCCGACGGUAUACGACCCGGAUGCCGUUGGCGGGAAGAUGAAGCUCAACGCCGGCGAGCGGACGUAUGGACAGACGAAUGAAGGGGCAGCCGCAGCGGGGGGCAAGCCGCCGUUGAAGCAGGGACAGAAGGCUACAAGUGUAACGGGCUGA